CUUUUGCCCACUGAUCCCAUCUUUAUCGGAUUUUGGUCAUCAGACGUCGUACUCUGCUCCAAUCUUUUUUCACAAAAAUGCCAAUUGAUCGUUGUUACUGGCUUUGGUCCUUUCGAAAACGUUACGUGUAACCCUAGUUCUAUUGUCGUGGAUGAACUAAAGAAUUUCUGGGACACAAAAAAGGAGCUUAUCCCGAAUCCCAUCCGCUUUGUUACUAUUACGCAAAUCCCAGUCACCUAUAAAGCAGUUGAAAAAGUGAUUCCAUACAAUAUGAUUAUCUGGUCGCGAUGCCAUCAUAUGACUGAAAUAAAAUGUUUUUCGAGAAAGCUCUUUCAUCGUAACAGAUUGCUUGUGUGGUCACCCGGGCAAGUACCACUGUCCAAAGGUAAACAGCAGGUGCCCAUGACUGUGGGUUUACUCAUUUUUCUGUUCCCUGUAAAUACUCCUCGCUUGUGUACCAAUUUACCAACUACACCGAUUGCUUCCUUUUUGAUUGCUUGA